AUGGAGGCGCUGAAGCUGCCGCAUGUGGACUACGUCGAGGAGGACGCUUACGUCUUUGCCCAGAGCAUCCCCUGGAACCUGGGCAGGAUCGUGCCACCGCAGCCCAGCUCGGGCGCCUAUAGCCCUCCCAAUAAAGGUGACCUGGUGGAGAUUUACCUGCUGGACACCAGCGUGCAGAGUACCCAUCGGGAGAUCGAGGGCAGGGUGUUUGUGACUGACUUCGAGAGCGUCCCCGAGGAGGAUGGCACCCGCUUCCACAGGCAGGCCAGCAAGGGUGACAGCCACGGGACCCACAUGGCAGGGGUGCUGAGCGGGCGCGACGCCGGCGUGGCCACGGGUGCCAACGUCCGCAGCCUCCGUGUGCUAAACUGCCAGGGGAAGGGCACCGUCAGCGGGACCCUUAUUGGCCUGGAGUUUAUCAAGGCGACGCUGGAGGCUCACCCCUAUGCACCGCUGGUGGCGCUGCUUGCCUUUGCUGGCGGCUCAGCUGCCGGUAACUACAAGGACGAUGCCUGCCUGUACUCGCCAGCGUCCGAGCCGGAGGUCAUCACAGUCGGCGCCACCAACAGUGAGGACCAGCCCGUGCAGGGCAUCAGGGCUGCCUGCACUGGGGACAUUUUUGCGUGCCACGGUGCCACGGUUUUGGCAUGCAUCACCGCCAUGCUGCUCAGCGCCGAGCCCCAGCUGAGCCUCGCCGAGCUCCGGCAGCGCCUCCUGCACUUCGCCACUAAGAACGUCAUGGACACAGCAUGGUUCCCCGAGGAGCAGCGGCUCCAGACACCCAACAGCGUGGCUGGGCUGCCCACCCAGCUGGGGGAAGGGCACCGCCUGGAGUUUAUCAAGGCGACGCUGGAGGCUCAGCCCUAUGCACCGCUGGUGGUGCUGCUGCCCUUUGCUGGUGCCUACAGCCGUGAGAUGCUCAGCUGCUCCAGCUUCUCCCACAGUGGCAGGCGGCUGGGGGAGCACAUGGAGGACAAGGAUGGGCAGAAGCAGUGUGUGGCCCACAAUGCUUUCCGGGGCCGGGGUGUCUACGCCAUCGCCAGGUGCUGCAUGUGGCCCAGGGCCAAGUGCUGGAUCAACGUCAGCUCCCCGGUGGCUGAGGGGGCCGGCUGCUCCCUGCAGGACCACGUGCUGACCGGGUGCAGUUUCCACUCCCCUGCUGUGGCGCUGGGUGACGGUGGCAGACCUGUUGCGGGGCCAGGAAGUGGGCCCAGCCACUGUGCCAGCAGGAUGGAGGUGAUGGCGCGCGCCUUGUGCUGCCCCGCCACUGACCUCGAGUGCCGGGUGAAGGAGCACACAUCCCUGGGCUCUGCGGGGAAGGUGAUGGUGUCCUGUGAUGACGGCUGGACGCUGACGGGCUGUAAUGCCCAUUCCCAGAGCCCCGGCACCAUGGGAGCCUAUGCCGUGGACGAUACCUGUGUGGCAGCCAGCAUCCCUGGCAGCAGCACAGCUGUGGUCAUCGCCAUUUGCUGCCGGAGCCGGCAGUAG